AUGAGUAAGAGAUACUUACAGAAAGCAACAAAAGGAAAGCUGCUAAUAAUAAUAUUUGUUGUAACUCUGUGGGGGAAAUUAGCAUCUGGGGCAAAUCAUCAUAAAGCUCACCAUGUUAAAACCGGGACCUGUGAAGUGGUGGCACUCCACAGAUGUUGCAAUAAGAACAAGAUAGAAGAAAGAUCACAGACAGUGAAGUGCUCCUGCUUCCCUGGGCAGGUAGCAGGUACCACCCGGGCAGCUCCUUCUUGUGUUGAUGCUUCAAUAGUGGAGCAGAAAUGGUGGUGCCACAUGCAACCAUGUCUUGAAGGGGAGGAAUGUAAGGUUCUUCCAGAUCGUAAGGGAUGGAGCUGUUCCUCUGGGAAUAAAGUGAAAACAACUAGGGUAGGUAUGAUACCAAAUUUACAUGCUACCAACAGCUGUGGCAGUAUUCGUGGAGCCAAAUGUGAGUGCACUACCUCAAAAUGCCAGCAGUGGAAGCUGGUAAUCAAGUGGGGAAAAAUCACCAAAGGAAUCUCUGACGCUUGGGACAAAGGCAGAAAACACAUCAGUACUGCACUAGCAGAGCAGCAGGUACCCUCAUAG